ACCCGUAGGCGAUAUAUCACUUACAAUCUAUUUUAGUAUAAGCUUUGCUUUUUUUACUAACACAAAACUGAUAAAUACUCUGCAGGUAAAAAUUCUUUUGCCUGGCUAGGCCCCAAGCCUAUAGUAUUCAUCACAGAACCUUCACUUAUAAAGAUAAUUUUUGAAAAACAUUAUGUGUAUAACAAGAAUAAGCAUUCUAAUCCAUUCGCGAAGUUAUUGGUUCGAGGUCUCGUUACCCUUGAGGAACAGAAAUGGGCUAAAUAUAGAAAAAUCAUCAAUCCCGCCUUCCAUUUUGAGAAACUAAAGCAUAUGGUUCUAGCAUUUUAUCAGAGUUGUAGUGAAAUGCUAAGCAAAUGGGAGGAGGCUGUUCCAAAGGAAACAUCAGUCGAGCUCGAUGUAUGGCCACAUUUUCAACUAAUGAUAGGUGAAGUCAUUUCUCGAAUUGCAUUUGGGAGUAGUUAUGAAGAAGGAAGAAAAGUAUUUGAACUGCAAAAAGAACAAGCUGAGUAUGUAAUGGAACAAGUUUUUUCGAUUUAUAUACCAGGAUCGAGGUUCUUGCCUAGUAAGAAGAAGAAAAGAAUGCUGGAAAUCGAAAAGGAAAUUCAAACGACAAUUAGGCGUAUCAUUGACAAAAGAUUGAUGGCGAUGCAAGCAGGGGAGACUAAUAAUGAAGAUUUAUUAGGCAUAUUACUUGAAUCCAAUACGAAAGAAAUUGAACAACACGGAAGCAAAGAUUUCGGAUUGACAACAAUAGAAGUGAUUGAAGAGUGCAAGUUAUUCUAUUUUGCUGGACAAGAUACCACUUCAGUGUUGCUCGUAUGGACAACGAUAUUACUAUGCCUACAUCCAGAGUGGCAAGUACGUGCAAGAGAGGAGGUUUUGAAUGUAUUCGGAAAUGAAAAACCAGAUUUUGAAGGACUAAGUCGUCUCAAAAUUGUGACAAUGAUCUUGUACGAGACGUUAAGGUUGUUCCCCCCAGCACCGAUAUAUGGUAGAAGGAACAAAGAUGAAGUCAAAUUGGGUGAGCUGAGUCUGCCAGCUGAAGUACUACUCGUUAUACCCGCAAUCUUAGUACAUUAUAACAAGGAAUUAUGGGGUGAAGACGCGAAGGAAUUCAAACCUGAAAGAUUCAGUGAAGGAGUGUCAAAGGCAACAAAUGGACAAGUCUCGUUUAUUCCAUUUGGUUGGGGACCCCGAAUUUGCAUUGGACAAAACUUUGCAAUGAUGGAAGCAAAGAUGGCAAUAACAAUGAUACUACAAAAGUUCUCCUUUGAACUCUCACCAUCAUAUACACAUGCUCCAGUUGCAGUAGUGUCUAUUCAUCCUCAGUAUGGUGCUCCUCUGCUUAUGCGCAAACUUUAAGAUGAUAUGUACGUCAUUUGCGUUGUACGUUGAUCUACAUGCAUCAUUCAAAUGAUCGAUACUAAAUUGUUGGGUGAUCGCGGAAGUCAUGCUUCGAAUUUAAAACAUUAACUGCAGUUUUGUUAAUGUUAUCAAGGUUAUUUAGCUUUUGAUUGA